AUGUCUCUUGAAAGGUGUGGUGUAGUAUCGUUAAGUAAAACCAAAGGGAUAAGAUCUUUCUUACAUAAAAGAGGCAAAGCGGUCGCAAAAUGAUCAGAUUAUACUCCUGGAUUAUUUUAUUUGUUCUUGGCACUUUCGCACAAGAUAAUGCCUAUCGAAAUGUUGCACCGACGCUUCGAGAAUGUUACGAAAAUAGAUAUCUUUUAGAGAAGGAUAAUAAAUUACCCCAUACAUUAAAUACAUUAAUUGCAAUUCUCGAUAAGAUUGAAACAGAGAACAUGCAAAAUGGCUGGAAUUUACGAAAAUUGGCCGUCGGAAUUAUGCAUAGAUUUCGCCAAGAUGGAAUAGAAAAAAAUCCAGCUGUCCAACAGCAAUCCGGUAUAUUACCAUAUAGAGCAACUGGACAAGGUCAAAAAUAUUUGCAAAUAGCUCGCUUUGUACCAGAAAAGACGAUUCCAGACGAUAGCCUUCCCUACAAUAUAAUCAGUGAUAUUGAAAGAUGCACCCUUCAUUUUAUGCUAUCCAGCAGUAUCGAAAUCUUUGAAAGAGGUGACGAAGGGACAGUAUGUAGAUAUGCUGACUUAUAUAGAAAUGCGAGAAGUAUAAACAACAAACAUUCUAUUAAUACAAAAUUCAAUAUUGACGAUGAAGUAGAAACCUUAACGCCUGAACAAAUCGACAUUAUUACGAAUCACAAAAAUGGGAUUACAGAAGAUACGGUUGAUCCAAAUACGUUUUAUCCAGAAUUACCCCCAAAUCAUCCAAAAAGUGCUCGGAUUUUCGCAUAUCCACCGAGAAGCAGAUGUCCUGUGGAAAAUGGUGUUAUAAAAACUAACUGGGGUGCAGUGUCUGCUGGGGCAGUAAUCGCUGGUAUAGCUGCUGGAUUACAACCUGAGACAGUAAAACUCUCAGAAGUGUUCCCUAAUGAAUCGACAGAGAGAAGAGCAAAUCUAUCAAGAUUGACAUUGGAUAAUAGAUGGAUUGCGACCGUGGCUGGUGAUUUGGCUGAGGUUACUUUAAUACAGGGCCCUACAAACGAAAGACUUAGUGUGGGUGUAAAUGGAAAUUGGAAUUCAUCAUCGAUGCCUCGUUGGUAUUUUCUUAAAUCUAAUGAAAAAUUACAAUUUACGACAGCCGAAAUCAGAGGAGAUCUCGAUGGAUUGAUUCUCGCUAAAGAAAUUGAAUCUUUAUAUUCCAAAGCAUCUACUUUAAGACUAUCGCAAGUUUUAGAUAUGUAUUAUAAUGCUCGCGGAUUGUUUAAUCCAUCACUUAGGGCGUGUAAUCGAAAAACUUUGUUUACCAAACUUGCAGAAAAUUCAACGAUGUUUGAACAGGCAUAUAGCGCUUCUUUAGUCUUAGAGGAAUAUUUACAUAAAGCUACAAUGGACGACAAUGUAAUCGAAAGAUUUGCAUUGCAAGCGGCGGACGAAUUAUCUUUAUACGUUAAGUCUUCAAUGAACAAAGAUUUAUCCUGUCAAGAUGAAGAAACAAAAAUCUUCAAUAGUGUUAUUCAAAUGGCUGUUGAUUUAACAAUUAUUCUCGAUACAUCAUGGCCUUUCGAGUUGAUACAACCAAUCAUUGCAAAUAUAUUGGAUAAUGUGAUAAUAAGUCGAUAUAAUAGUCGAUUUACAAUUAUUAAUGGUUAUGACAGUAGUAUCAUGAUCAAUACUACCGACACUAUUUUAAAUUUCAAUUAUUAUAAUAUAACAAAUUAUAAAAAUAUCACUAGCGGUUUUGAUUUCCCUAAAUUACUUGAGAAAUUAAUGUCUUUACAAAAAGCGAAAUUAAACAAAGAACGUUACAAUUUUGGAAAUGCAAAAUCUGAUGUAAUUUUGAUUAUUCCAUAUACAUCAUCUAUUGUCAAUAAUGCCGAUAAGGAAUAUUGUAUAGAACAGAUAAGGAAGAUGAUGGAGCAAGUACCAGAUACUACAUUACUUAUAUUAACUCAUGGAUCGAAGGACAGAUGGUCAGAGCUUGUAAAUGAGCCAGCAACUGAUUUAUUUUCUAUUACUCCUACGGAUAAUAUGCAAGAAAUUCCAACAGCAAUUGUCGAUUUAAUUUCGAGAAUAAAAAAAGUUCCGCAGCGCUUAAUCAAUUCGCAAUGUGGAGCUGAUUAUACUGUUGCUGGAUCUUCAUCCAUUUCAUUCAAUGAUUAUAUUGAACCAGAUACGACUGUUUUUUAUAAAAUGCAUCCUAACUAUUUCUUUUCUACCGAUAGCGAUCAUUUUUCUACGAUAAAGAUUGAAGUAUCUGGCUCGGGUAAUCUUAAAGUAUGCACAUCGCGACGCUUCAUGAAUUUUAAUUCUACAGAAGAUACAAGUAUAUCGUGUGAAUCGAUAAGUAAUAAUGUGCGCACUAUUACAUUUGCUUGCGGUGAAGCUAAUUUAAUCCAUCUUUGUAGCCCGUUAUAUCUAUCAAUCACUGCCAAUUCUUCACUCACAAAUUAUCAGUGCACAGAAAAAGAAUGCAGAUUCCCUCACAUGAUAAAAUAUACCGUUUCUUAUGAAAAUCUGGUAUGUGUCAGUAGUGCACAUAUAAAUACGCUGAACAUUUCUGUUCUAAUCAUAAGUAUGAUUUAUAUGUAUUUUACUACAUAAUAUCAAAGUAUUACAUAAAUUAACUUCUAUAAUAAGCAUAAUUAAAGUUAACAUAUAAGUAUACGUUCAACACAUUAGUCAAACGCUAAAUUAAUAUAGUAAAUCAUAUCAUAUAUAUAUUUCAGAAUAAGAAUAUUACACUUUUGCAAUUAGUGUAUAAAACAUUUUGUAAUCAUUAUAUUAUUUGUGCGUAUGUGUGUAUGUGUAUUGAUGAAAGUAAAUAUGUUAAAACAAGAAA